UGGGGCUGGGACCAGCCCCUUGGAGGGAAGCAGCAAGCUCCAGGGCAGGGUUCUGGGAAGUCAGGUUUAUUAGCUCCUUAAUGACUGUUUACAAGCUGAAAACUGUUUGCCUGGCAUGCUCCCUCCCAGCCGUGGGGCCGGCCUGGGCCUCCAGAAGUGAGGGGGACCCAGGACAGCCCAGGGCCUGACUUCCGGCUGAGUGGUCGUGGGCAAGGUGCUUACCUCUCCAUAAACUAUGGUAAGCCUUUGUCCCUCUGCUGAAUGUCCACCCAAGUGAGCCCUGGCUAAUGGUGACAAAGCCACCUAGAUUUCAGACUCCCGGGAGGCUAUGCAUAAACAGACUAGGGUUAGAGAUGUGAAGUGGCUUGCCUGCAGCACACAGCAUUUAGGGUUGGGCCCCUGUCUCCCCCAGUUGGACAGUGUUUGUUUUUUUCUUUUGAGAGAGAGCAUACGAGAGAGAAAGGGGAGAAGGGGUAGAGGGAGAGACAGAAUCCCAAGUAGGCUCUGAGCUGGAGCUUGAACCUAUGAAUCGUGACAUCACGACCUACGCCAAGGUCAAGAGUCACUUAACCGACGGAGCCUCCCAGGUGCCCCAGUUGGACCGUCUUUUCACCAUCUGGAGCCAGGCCACAAGGAGACUGACUGCGCGCGCCUAAGGAGCUGCCCUGCUCGGCCUGGAACCGGCUGCCUUUGCGUCUGUCCACCUGCCCACACAGCUGAAACUUGACCCCAGAGCUUCUGCAGAGAGUGAGGGAAGGACUAGAACAUACUAGAUCAUGCUCUAAAGACCCCUGCGACAAGACCCAGGAAGCUGUGAGCUCAGCCCAGAUCCGAAGCCGCGCUGCCCCCCUGCCCGCCAUGGCCUCCGCUGACAAGAAUGGCGAGAGCGUCUCCUCCGUGUCCAGCAGCCGCCUGCAGAGCCGGAAGCCGCCCAAUCUGUCCAUCACCAUCCCUCCACCCGAGACCGCGGCCCCUGGCGAGCAGGCCAGCAUGCUGCCCCAGAGGCCCAGGAACCCAGCCUACGUGAAGAGUGUCAGCCUCCAGGAGCCACGGGGACGAUGGCAGGAGGGCAGCUCAGAGAAGCGCCCAGGCUUCCGCCGCCAGGCCUCCCUGUCCCAGAGCAUUCGAAAGGGCACAGCCCAGUGGUUCGGGGUCAGCGGCGACUGGGAGGCGAAGCGGCAGCAUUGGCAACGCAGGAGCCUGCACCACUGCAGCGUGCGCUACGGCCGCCUCAAGGCCUCGUGCCAGCGGGACCUGGAGCUCCCCAGCCAGGAGGUGCCGUCCUUCCAGGGCACCGAGUCUCCAAAACCCUGCAAGAUGCCCAAGAUUGUGGAUCCACUGGCCCGAGGACGGGCGUUCCGCCACCCGGACGAGGUGGACAGGCCCCAUGCCCCACACCCGCCCCUGACCCCCGGGGUCCUGUCCCUCACAUCCUUCACCAGCGUCCGCUCUGGCUACUCCCACCUGCCCCGCCGCAAGAGGAUGUCUGUGGCCCACAUGAGCUUUCAGGCUGCCGCCGCCCUCCUCAAGGGGCGCUCCGUGCUGGAUGCCACGGGACAGCGGUGCCGGGUGAUCAAACGCAGCUUUGCCUACCCCAGCUUCCUGGAGGAGGACGUGGUCGAUGGGGCAGACACAUUUGACUCCUCAUUUUUUAGUAAGGAAGAAAUGAGCUCCAUGCCCGACGAUGUGUUUGAGUCUCCCCCGCUCUCUGCCAGCUACUUCCGGGGGAUCCCACGCUCGGCCUCCCCGGUCUCCCCCGAUGGGGUGCAGGUCCCUCUGAAGGACUCCGGCCGAGCCUCGGCGCCCGGGGCCAGGCGCAGCAGGCGCCUCGCCUCCACGGUGAAGCACUUUGCCUUUGACCGCAAGAGGCGGCACUACGGCCUGGGCGUGGUGGGCAACUGGCUGAACCGCAGCUACCGCCGCAGCAUCAGCAGCACCGUGCAGCGCCAGCUGGAGAGCUUCGACAGCCACCGGCCCUACUUCACCUACUGGCUGACCUUCGUCCACAUCAUCAUCACGCUGCUGGUGAUCUGCACGUAUGGCAUUGCACCCGUGGGCUUUGCCCAGCACGUCACCACCCAGCUGGUGCUCAGGAACAAAGGUGUGUAUGAGAGCGUGAAGUACAUCCAGCAGGAGAACUUCUGGAUCGGCCCCAGCUCGAUCGAUUUGAUCCACCUGGGAGCCAAGUUCUCGCCCUGCAUCCGGAAGGACCAGCAGAUCGACCAGCUGGUGCUUCGGGAGCGAGACCUUGAGCGGGACUCGGGCUGCUGUGUCCAGAACGACCACUCAGGCUGCAUCCAGACCCAGCGGAAAGACUGCUCGGAGACUUUGGCCACUUUUGUCAAGUGGCAGGAUGACACGGGCCCCCCCAUGGACAAGUCUGAUCUGGGCCAGAGGCGGACAUCGGGGGCAGUGUGCCAUCAGGACCCUAGAACCUGUGAGGAGCCAGCCUCUAGCGGCGCCCACAUCUGGCCCGACGACAUCACCAAGUGGCCAAUCUGCACGGAGCAGGCCAAGAGUAACCGCACGGGCUUCCUGCACAUAGACUGCCAGAUCAGGGGCCGCCCGUGCUGCAUCGGCACCAAGGGCAGCUGUGAGAUCACCACCCGGGAAUACUGUGAAUUCAUGCACGGCUAUUUCCACGAAGAGGCAACACUCUGCUCCCAGGUGCACUGCUUGGACAAGGUGUGUGGGCUGCUGCCCUUCCUCAACCCCGAGGUCCCAGAUCAGUUCUACAGGCUCUGGCUGUCUCUGUUCCUCCACGCUGGCGUGGUGCACUGCUUCGUGUCGGUGGUCUUCCAAAUGACCAUCCUGCGGGACCUGGAGAAGCUGGCCGGCUGGCACCGCAUCGCCAUCAUCUUUAUCCUCAGCGGCAUCACCGGCAACCUCGCCAGUGCCCUCUUCCUCCCCUACCGGGCGGAGGUGGGCCCGGCCGGGUCGCAGUUCGGCCUCCUUGCCUGCCUCUUCGUGGAGCUCUUCCAGAGCUGGCAGCUGCUGGAGCGGCCCUGGAAGGCCUUCUUCAACCUGUCGGCCAUCGUCCUCUUCCUGUUCGUCUGCGGCCUCCUGCCCUGGAUCGACAACAUCGCCCACAUCUUCGGCUUCCUCAGCGGCCUGCUGCUGGCCUUCGCCUUCCUGCCCUACAUCACCUUCGGCACCAGCGACAAGUACCGCAAGAGGGCCCUCAUCCUGGUCUCGCUGCUGGUCUUCGCCGGCCUCUUCGCCUCUCUGGUCAUCUGGCUCUACGUCUACCCCGUGCACUGGCCCUGGAUCGAGUACCUCACCUGCUUCCCCUUCACCAGCCGCUUCUGCGAGAAGUACGAGCUGGACCAGGUGCUGCACUGACCCCCUGCCCCCCCGGGCGGGGCAUCGCUGCUGCUCACGGGGCGCUGAGGGCCCGGGGCCCGGGCUGCAGAGCGCCCCCUCCCCCACCCUCCGGAGACCCACUGCCAGGGGCCCGGGCCCUCCCUCCACCAGGCGAGACGGUCACAAAGGCGGGUUCCCCCGGGGCGGCGAGGCGCCCCCUUCCUCAGGCUGGGGGACACUCCGCGCACGGGCUUCUCUGCAGCUCAGGGGCUCAGGGCCAUGCCCGCCCGUCGCUCCCCUGCUGGCGGGACCACCGCCUAGGGGUGGGCUUCUUUCUUUCCCAAGGUCCUCAGGCUUCGCCCAUCACCCCCCUCAGCCUCUGCUGGUGCCCCCCGGCCACACACACACACACACACACACACGCACCCCAUUGCUGUGAGCGUGCCCUUACUGGGACGUGGCCGGGGUUCCCACACCUGCCUCACCACGCCAGCCCUCCUUCCUGUUUCUCCUCCCCUCUCUGCCCUAAGAGCCCAGGCCCCUCGUUCAUCGGUGGCCUGGUGAGCCUGCCCUUAAUGCUCCUGGAGCAGACUUGUGGGAAGGGCUUUGCCACAGUCUGGGGCAGAAAAGAGCAAGGAGGCACAGCUGGGCUGGGAAGCUGAGAGCCUUUGCUUGUUCCGAGCAGACAGAGGCUGUCCCCUCUGUGUCCCUCUUGGCCCUCCCUUGGAGUCAGUGUUCUGCCUCAUGGGGCUGGCUUCGAGAAGGCCGGCCCUACUCCACUCUGCCUCACUCCUGCCCGAGUUGGGGCGGGGGCUGGGCUACUCACUCCUGCCCGAGUUGGGGUGGGUUCCCCAGGGGUUGCCCAAGGCUCGGUCAGACCCAUUUUUUACUGGUUUAUAUUAAGGUUCUAAUUUUUAAAAGUAACGCUAACUUUAUAUGGAUGAUGUCUCAAAUGUAUUAAAUGAUACUCUUUAGAAGUAA